AUGGGGAUAGGAAAGGGAAGCGAAUUGUUGAACAGCUUUGGAGACAACGCAGUAAAAAAAGGCAUUCGCCUCGACAGACUGGGCAGUGAGGGCAUUGCGAGAGUGGGGGUUGAUGCCACUUCCUGGCUUGUGAUCGUUCACCGUACACUUGAGGAUCACCAAAAGAAAAAUUAUGAACUGCAUGCAAAUCUUUUCAUGGAGUAUUGCCGUAAGAGGAUUGACGUACUAAAGCAGAAUGGACUUAUACCGACUAUGGUCUUUGAUGGAAAUGCUACACCAUUAAAGACCCAUAUAAAGGAGCUGAGGAAGGCGAUAGAAAGUGAAAACAACAACAACAACAACAAGAACAAUACGAAUGAGAUAAGGGAUCCUGAUAGUGAUAUCAGUGGCAGUGAUAGUGAUAGUGAUGUUAAUGUCCACAGUGAUAAUGAGCCCGUAGACGAUAAGUUACGCUACAAGUGGCCGAAAGAUAGAUACAUUCCUAACAGAUCCAGAUGGUUGACCGAGGAGAUGGAAGUAGAGUUCUUUGUGGCUCCUUAUGAAGCCGAUGCCCAAUCGACACACUUGGCAAGCAAGAAAAUAAUAGAUGCCGUCAUCAACAAGGAUACAGACCUUAUAGCAUUUGGAUGUAAAAAAAUUAUCUAUAACAUUAAUUUUGAAAAAGAGACGUGUGAUUACUACUCAUUUGAUCGUUUAAAAGAAGUGAACAUUGGCUACAAAGACUUUUCACAAAAAAAACUUCUAGAAAUGGCAAUAAUGAUAGGCUGCGAUUAUUUACCAAAUUUGGCAGGCAUAGGCAUUCGUAAAGCUUACGAUGAGAUAAUGGAGCAGAAACAUUAUGAGAAUGUAAUUGCCUGGUCGAAAAAAAAGCUCGUGCUUAGUACUGGGGUCGGGAAUAAACAAGAUACAACUUCGAGGUCAGAGAUUCUACUAUAUUUCCAAAGAGCAAUUCUGGCGUUCACAUAUCAACAAGUUUAUAAUCCCGAAUCUAAAACUUGUGAACGCUUAUCUCAUAUGAGAUAUAAUAAUCUACAAAAUGACGUGGUAAGAGACAUAUCCAAGUUCUUAGGACCACGUUUAAAGGACGAAUCUGUUCAUGAUAUUGCAAUGGGUGGUAGACCUUCGAAGCUCGUGAAAAUUGAUGUAGAUAAUCGGCCUCAACAAUAUCCCGGAGAGACACGUAAGUUUGGGCAGAAUUCUUUGGAAAGAUUUUUUGGUAAUAAGAAAAGCCGAAAAGAAUAA